AUGGCUGCGAAGAGCGACCAACUUCUCAUCGUUGUGUCCAUCCUGGAAGGUCGCCACUUCCCCAAGAGUCCUCGGCUCAGCCUGGUGGUUCAGGCGAGCUUCGACGGCGAGCAGCUCUCCACGGAUCCGGUGGAGCAUCGAGAGCAGCCGCAGUUCAGCACCGAGCUGGCCUGGGAGCUGGACCGCCGCAUGCUGCACCAACACAGACUGCAGAGAACUCCGAUAAAGCUCCAGUGUUUUGCCGUCGACUCCGUCAGCCAGAGGAGGGAGAACGUCGGCUACAUCGUCCUCGACCUGCGAUCCGUUCAGGAGGCCAAACAGGAGCCUCGCUGGUUUCCGCUGCUGAGCAGUAAAUACACCAAACAGAGGCCGGCUCUUCUGCUCAGCAUGCAGCUGGAGAACGACACCAAACCGUCCGAACCCUCACCGGACAGGUUCAGAGCCAAGAAGGCUCCUCCCCGACAAGGCUCCCCGUCGGUGGCCGACCUGCUCCCAGACAGACUGGAGGCCGUGCUGGUUCCAGACCAGGGCUACCAUCAGCUGGGACCUGCAGACCGCUGCGCCGACAUGUUCGUCCUGUCCGUCACCGUGGCCUUCGCCACCAAACUGGAGCAGUUGAUCCCCAGCACCAUGAAGCUGUCGGCGCAGGGCUCAGGGUUCUUCUUCUACUACUCUCUGCUGGGCAACGACAUCACCAGCGAGCCUUUCCACAACCUGCUGAGUCCCGACUUCGAGCCGGAGCGCGCCUCCGUGCGCAUCCGCAGCAGCAAGCAGGUCCUGCAGGGCUUCCUGUCUCAGCAGCCCAGCUUACAGAUCCACCUGUGCUGUGGGAACCACUCCCUGGGCAGCACCGACGUCUCCCUCUCGGCUCUGUCGGCCGUUGCCGUGGACCUGGAGGACAAGGCGGCCACGGUGGAGGGAGCGUUCGUACUGCAGCCUCCAAAGCGCACCAAGCAGAAGCUGCCGGCCGUUCCCGCCGAGCUGCAGCCGACUGUAGGAGUCGCCGUCACGCUGAGGAGGGAGGAGGUCCCGCCUCAGUCUGUCGGGAAUAAAGAAGUCAGUGGAGCUCCUUCACACUCGGUUCCUCCUCCUGCUGCUCAACAAAGACCUGGAAGCUCCUCUCCGGUCCAGAAGCCUCCCGACUCUCCUCCUGCUGCUGCUGCUGCUGCUCCUCGUCCUCCUCCUCUGUCCUCCCACACGGAGAGCGAAGCCGAGAGUCUGCUGGAGGAGCUUCAGCGAGCCGGAGAUCAGGUGGAGCUGGCAGCUGCAGACCCGGAGGUUCUGGAGGUUCCGGCCGCGCCGCCUCGUCCUCCCGAAGCUGAAGGCGGAGCUUCGUCCGUCAGCGUUUCUGCUCCCAAGGUGUCCAUCCCUCCCUCGGCCCACCACUACUGCUUCUCUCUGGACCUCCGCAGCCUCAGGAACCUCGGUUUGACUCAUCCGGUCGCCGCUACGCUCAGAUAUUCGUACCAGUUCUUCGGCAGCGCGGCGCCCAUCAUGACCAACCCUCCCGUGGAGCUGCAGAGGAACACGGAGGUUUCUCUGCCUCAGUCCUACUGCGCCUUCGACUUCGCCGCCCUGCCGCAGCAGCUCCAGGACACCUUCACCAGGUUUCCUCUGGUGGUGGAGGUCUGGCACCGAGACUCCUCCAGCCGGGACCAGCUGAUCGGCCGAGCCUCUGUCCAGCUGUCCCGCCUGCUGAGUUCUGAAAGGACCCGGUUCUUGGGAUCCGCCGGAGAGCCGAGCUGGAGACGGACCCACCGGGACCGGAUCCCCGUGGUCCACAGCCAGCGAGCCGGGGAGGCGGUGGCAGAGCUGAGCUACGUGGCCACGCUGGAGGACCUGGGCUUGGUGAAGGCCGCCGAGGUCGUCGUGUCCGAGUCCUCGCAGAGUGAACCUCCAGCUCACCCCCAGCCGCCACCUCCUCCCCACCCGGCAGCCCCCCGACCUGCAGCCGACGCCCGGCCGGCGGCGCCCAGAGACACCCUGGAGUACCGCACGGCUCUGGAGCUGGAGCUGUGGAAGGAGGAGCAGGAGGAUCUGUUCGACGACCAGCUGAGGAGGAAGGAGUCGAGCCACAUGCAGGCGCUGGCCGAGGAGUGGAGGAGGAGGGACCGAGAGAGGGAGGCUCUGGUCAAGAAGAAGGAGGUGGAGUACAACCUGCUGGAGGAGCAGCUGCAGAAGACGCUGUCCGAUCUGGAGAAGAGGGAGAAGCAGCUGGCUGAGGCCGAGCUGGAGACUCAGCGGCUGCAGAGGGAGCUGCGGGCCGAACACGAGCUGACCCAGAGGGAGCUGCAGGAGAGCAGCAGGAGGCUGCGGCAGGACUGCGACCACCGGGUGGCGCUGGAGAGAGACAAAGCCCGGCUGGCGGAGGAGGAGCGAGGCCGGCUGCUGCAGCAGAUCGCAGACGGAGAGUCUCGCUACAGGCAGCUGGAGAAAGAGUUCCAGCUCUACAGAGAGCAGCAGAGCGCCAGGCCGGAGCUCAGGCUGCAGUCGGAGGUCAACCUGCUGGCUCUGGAGAAGGUGGAGCUGGAGAGGAAGCUGGAGUCGACCACCAAGUCCAAGCUUCACUACAAGCAGCAGUGGGGACGGGCCCUGAAGGAGCUGGCCCGCUUCAAGCAGCGCGAGCAGGAGAACGCCAUGAACCGGCUGAAGAAGCAGCAGGAGGAGCUGGAGGCCAUGAGGCUGCGUUACCUGGCAACCGAGGAGAAGGAGGCGGCGCGGCAGGAGCGGCAGGAGCUGGACGGCAUCCGGAACCAGCUCAACAGGUUAAAGCAGCAGGAGGGCCAGUUAGGCCCCGCCCCCUCCGCCGAUGACUCCGCCCCCGGCCCAAGUCUGAACGAGAGCGCCGACGAGCACCUGAGCCGCCUGCUGGAGGAACGCGACGCGCUGCUGAGGACCGGCGUCUACACCCACCAGGACCGCAUCAUCGCCGAGCUCAGCAGGCAGAUCCAGGACGCCAUGACGGACCGACGGACGCCAUGACGGCCGGCCAAUCAGAGGCCGGCAGACACCUGGGCUGCAGGCUGUGAGCUGAAGCUUUAGAAGACGUUGAACUUCCUGUUACGAGGAGGAAUCUGGUCCUGCUGCUUCUGACCUCCACACAGUCCAACCUGCUGGACUCCACGGUGCUGCGUUCACUGACACUCGGACACGUUGGCUGAUCUCGUUUGGAGCGGCGUCAGUGAACGCAGCACAGAGGAGGCCUUCCAGAACAGCUGACCGUUUACUCUGAGAUCUGAUCUGAUGAACGCUGACUGAGCUGAGCAGCUGAACUGGUCCUUCAUCAAACACCUGAAGCUUUAUUGAUGGUCUGAGUUACUGACGAGGCUGCAGGCGGUCAGCAGGUGGCGCUGCAGCCUCACCGACGUCAACCAGAGACUUUAUUUAUUGUGUUUGUCUGGAGUGAAUUGUUUUUGGGACAGAAGCUGACGUUUUGGUUUUUUAUGGAUAUUUUCACAUUUUAUUAAAAAUAAAACGUGUUUGUGGAACAAACA